UGCAAACUGGCAAAAGUAUGUUGAGAAAUAUAAACAAUUGUUUAGAGCAGCAUUUAAGUCAAGUCAUAUUUGAAGAGCACGAAAAAGAAGAUUCUCCUAAGAAUGCAACCUUGAAACCUAAGCAAGUGUCUGCUCCCGUAGUCUCAAUAUCUCAGAAAGAGAAGUCAAAAGCAAGCAACCGCCCAAGAGUUGCUUUUAAAAAUCCUCAAACUCCUAUUCCAAACACUAUUUAUAAUUUCCAUGAGAAAAUAUCCCAGAAGUUGGAAGCAGGUCCUCCGAUUCAUUCAAGAGUAAAAAGCCAGACUCCACAGUACAAUGUGGUCAGGGGGUCGAGUAGUCAGCCAACAUUGAGUAGGACGCCUGGAGGAAGGAAUAAACCAAUAGAAGUUGGGAAAUCAUUUGCUAAACGAAGAUCCAGGCUUCAUAAAAGAAAUAUGCUAGAUAACUUACUCAUCGAGAAGGCAUCUAAUAAGGAUUUGAAGAAAGAAUUUAACUUUAGCGAAAAAUCUCAAUCCAUAGCUUUUGGGAAUAAUUAUCAGUACAAUGCUACGUCUGAUCAUGUUUUUGGUGAUGACAGUGAUAAUAAGAGCUCUGCUCUGGGCUUUCUAUCUAAGAUUGUUGAGAACAAUGAAAAGGAGCUUAAGAAAAUAAUGAAGAUGAAGAAAUCUAACGUAAACUCGAUUCAAAACAUGAUGAAAAGAAUCUCUCAAACUCCUUCUGUGAGUAGUGACGGGAAGAAAGUUCAACCUUUUCACAGAACUGUGAACUCAUUUGAUGCUCAAAGCUCAGCAGGGGUGAAGAGCAAGCAGAUUCUCUUCUAUUCAGAUUUAGUUCAUUGAUAUGAUUUAAAUAAGUUAUUCACGGUAUUGGAUAAGACACCUUCAUACACGAGUCUUUCAAUUUGAAGAGAAAGAAUUAAAAUAGAUCUAAACAAGUUGAUAAUAUACGAGGAAGAGAUUACCCGGCUGUAUGAGCUUCUUGAUAAAGUGACUGACUAUUUCAAACUUAUUGACUUCCGGGAAGAAUAUAGGGCAAAGAUAGUAUCAGAUACUAUUAAUCCUAGUAUCAAAUUUGGAAAUAAAGAUAGCAUAAAUAUGCUUAAAAAGAGCAACACAAGAGUCCCUAAAACGAGUAACUCUGGCAAUAAACCAGCUGGGGCAAAGGAAACAUACCGAGAAUUUAUCAAAAACAAAGCUAGGGACUUUAGUAAGAUAGAAACAGAAUAUUAUCAAAUCAAGGAGAUCUUGAAAAAGACUCAAGAAGGAAAGCUGAAUAUGGAACAGAUUAAUUCUACAGAUGCUCAAAAAUGCAAUAAGUAUCAGAAGCAGAUAGCUUCUAUCAAGGCUCAGUUAGAGGCUAUUCAAAAGUUAAAGCUCACCAGAGACGAAGAGAAUCUGGUGUUGAAGUAUGAAAAUCAAACUCUAAAGACUAAAAUUGAGAAUUAUCAGGAUGAAAUUGAGAAACUUGCUUUAAAUAAAAAGAAUAUGAACAGUUCAUCUGACCAAUCUUCAUCUGAACGUUCAUCUUUCAAAUCUGACUCUUUUGAUGAGAAGGAUUCCUUUAUGAACAAUAAAAAUGACUAUGAGGCAUCCGAGCGAGAUGAUAAAGAGAGUAAAGAGGAGGAAGAUCAUCAAAAGCUUAUUCAGAGGCCAAAAUUACUCCGAAAAGGAACUAUAGACCCCAAUUUAGGGAGAUUAAGCGAUGGUGCCAGAAGUCAAGGAGAAGUCAAGAAAGAAGUUAAUUACAGACAUUUUAUUUCAAGAAAAGGAUUUGGAAGUGGAUUUGGAAUUGAAGGUUUGAGAAAUCAAGGAGAUGAAGGUGAGAAAAAUAACUCGGGCACUAUAAAAAUUGGAUGGAUGUAUGAUUUCAUCUCUUGUAUGGAGCUGGCUGUGAAGGAAAACAAUACCAAACAAAUAAUGAAUAAGUACUGAAACACAUUUAAAAAUCUUCUUGAUGUAGAGAGAAUACAUAUUCUCAAGCUUAACAAAGUCUCUACAAAAUUUACUACCACUGUGAAAGGGGAGAAGAGAGAAGUUCUGAUAACUGAGAGGCUUUUAUUCAAAAUUUUCAAGGAGACUAAAAUGCUCACCAUUCACGAUACAUCAGAUAAUAGGAUGUUUGAUCCUCGAUUCAAUAAAUUCUUUGGGUUGAGGAUAAAGAAUCUUCUUGCAAUACCUAUUAUCAAUUCUAACGGAACUCUUUGUGCUAUUGCAAUGAUUUUGAAUCGUUCAAAACCAGUCAAAAUUACUGAAAAAGGAAUCUUGAUGUACUCAAAGACUCAUGAGCUGAUGGCUCAUAUGCUGUCAUAUCUUGUCUCAAAUCUGUUUAUCCUAGAUAGCUUAAGGACAAUGAAACAGAAAGAGACUGAAAGAAUCGAAAUUCUGAUAGACUCAACAGAGAAGAUUUUGAGUGUCCCUUCUUCAGGAUUUCUGAUUUCUCAGAUCGAAUCUUUUGUGAAGAAAUUUAUGGAUUGCCAAAGAGUAACAUUUUAUUUAUUCGACUCUAAAAGAAAUGAACUUUACACCCUUUAUGCGACUAGCAAGUCAGAGUACAGAAUUUUAUCAUAUUCUUCUCAAAAAGGAAUAUGAGGAUUUGUCGUCAGUACAGGAACCUCCGUGAUUUUACAUGAAGUAUAUGAUGACAAUAGGUACAAUCCUGAGAUAGAUGACCCGAGAAGUGAUGGUGAUAUCUUCUCUCUUCUUACUGUUCCAAUCCUGUGUAGCAACUUAAACCCAAAUAUGGAAUCAAAUGAGAGCUCAACUAAAGGAGUUCUACAAUUAGCCAACAAGAAGGAUGGAACACAGUUUGAUGCUAAUGAUAGAAUUAAAACAGAAGAGUUAGGUGUAAUUCUUGGGAGAUUCCAGAACGUCAUAUUCUGCCUUGAAGACUUCUUCGCUACUUGUGAGAGGGAGAAAAAGAAACUCACAAGAGCAAUUCCCUUUAAGGAAAUAGAAAUAUAAACUUCUCUGCUUCUCAUAAAGAUGCUUAAUAUUUCCAAAUUUAAAUGCUGAUUUUAAAAAUUAGGUAUUUCAAU